AUGCCUUGGAACCCUGAGAGCACUGGGUCCAGGUCCACUGAAGCACACCCCUUCUGUGCAGUGUCUCCCCGGGUUCGAGGCAAGGGGGUGCAAGUUCUUCAAUUCGAGCACCGUUUCGCAGCAUCUCCUCCCCGCCUGGCACCCAGGAGGCGCCGGGCGAGUCCCCAGGCCGGCGGCCCGGAGCACUUCCGCCCCCGGGGCUGCCACGCCGCCCGGCUGGGGGUGGGGCCGGGCGGAGGCGGGCCGGGGGGGCCGGGGCCGGGACGGCCCUGCAAAGCUGGGGGAGAGCGGCGGAGGCCAUCGCGGGGAAGCCAGGCCUGGGCCGGCGCUGCCUUCGAGGAGGGGCCGAGGUGGUCGAGCGGCCCGCGCGUCCUUGAAGGCCGAGGCCCCGAGCGCGCGCGCGCGCCGGCCGGCUGCAGACUUGGCCAUUUCCUCCCGGGGACAAGCGGCGCCAGGGCCCCGAGGAGCACCGGGGCGGAUCGGCGAUCGCAGCGGCCCGGGGAGCCCGCGGGACCUGGGGUAGGCGGCGAGCCAGGCGGAACGCGCAGCGCCGGCGGCGGGAAGGAAGAGAAGGAAACCGGGAGUCGGGAACCGGGAGCCGAGGCCGGGCUGCGGGACGGCGCCGCCGCCCAGGACGGGGACACGGGGGCCGCGGGGCCGCCCGGGCGUGGCGCGCAUGGCCGGCCGGACGCGCCGUCGGGGCCGGCGCCGUCGGGAGCUCGGGUCCCGCGGCCCCGGGCGGCCCCCGCGCGCUACUCGCUCAACCCGCGCGCUUUCUGGCCCCUGGUGAGCGGCCUGUGCGCCGCGCUGCUGUGCCUCGGCCUCGUCCUGCGGGGUGGCGGCGGGGGCGCCCGGGCCGAGCUCCCCGACGGCGCGGGCGGCGGCGGCGGCUUCCCGGCGGCGCUCCCCGCCGCCUCGCUGCUGCUGCUCGGCUACGUGCUCCUGCGCUGCCGCCGCGCCGCCCGCCAGCGCCUCCUGCCCGGCCCGGCCCGCCCGGGCGGCCCCUCCGCCCUGCCGACCGCUGGCCCCCGACAGCCGGGCCUGGGCGUCCUGCUGGAGAGUUACUACGAGCACGAGGUGCGCCUGUCGCCGCACGUGCUGGGCCACAGCAAGGCGCACGUGAGUCGGAUCGUGGGUGAACUGGUGCGAGCCGGCUGCAUCCGCGGCUCCCCGGGCCCCCUCCCCGGGGGAGCGCUGGCCCUGGCCUUCCGCGGUGACUUCAUCCAGGUGGGCAGCUCCUACGAGCAGCAUAAGAUCCGCCGGCCCGACAGCUUCGACGUGCUGGUGCCGCUGCGCCUGCCGCCGCCGGUGGCGCUGGAGCCGCGGAGCCUGGGCGCCGAGCCCGCGCUGGCCCGGGCCUCGGGCGGCUGCUUCGUGGGCGCCCUCAAGGCGCCGCCCUCGCCGUCGGGGGCCCCCGGGGGCCGCUGGCCCCGCGAUUGCAAGCCCUUCGCCGACGGCUUCUGCGUGGACGCGCGCGGGCGGCGGCUGCUGUCGGCCUGGCUGGUGCUGCGCUGGUUUCAGGCGCACCUGCAGCGCUGCCUGGCGGCCGUGCGCUACAGCCUGGAGGGGCGCUGCCGGGUCAGCCUGACCCCGGGGGGCCUGGAGCAGCCCCCCACCCUGCACGUCCUGCCCUGCCGCACCGACUACGGCUGCUGCCGCCUCUCCAUGGCCGUGCGGCUCAUCCCCGCCGUCCACGUGGGCGAUGGGGUCUUCCUGGUGGCGCCCGCCCCGCCGCCCUCGGCCCUGGCGGCCCCGGCCGGGCUCCCGCCGGGCCUGCUGUGGGGCGUGAACACGUCCCGCCAGGAGCAGAAGCUGCUGAGCUGGCUUCAGGAACGGGCCGCCCCGGGUGCCUGCUACCUCAAGGGCCUGCAGCUGCUCAAGGCCCUGCGCGACCUGGGCGGCCGCGGGCUGGACCCGCCGGCCGCCGCGCAGUGGGGUCGCAUCCUGUCCUCCUACGUGCUCAAGACGGCGCUGCUGAGCCGGGCGUGGACGGGGGACGGGGUCCCCGCGCCCGGCUGGGACGAGGCCCACCUGAGCGAGCGGCUGGAGGAGUUGGUGCGGUUCCUGCGGGACUGCCUGCUGCAGCGGCACACGCUCUUCCACUGCGUGCUGGGCCCCGGCGGCGCGGCCGCCGACCUGGGCCCCCUGCCCAAGGCCCUGCGCGAGGCCCCUCCGGUGGACCUCCUGGCGCCCUUCGACGGCAGGGCCCGGGAGCUGGCAGCUGCCAGGCUGCUGUCGACGUGGCAGAGGUUACCCCAGCUUCUCCGGGCCUACGGGGGGCCCCGUUACCUGGCCAGUGCCCCCCCAACCCAGCCAGAGUGCGCGCGCCCAGGGCUUCCCUGAAGAUGGACCCCCGAUCGACCACACACACAGGCUCCUCCCGGGUCGGGGUUACAGCCGAAUGCACACACACACACACACAC